AAGCUCAUAAAUAAUUUACAAAAACUUUGAUUUUGCAAGCAUUGAAAACAACCGCCAUUUGGCGUAGAAUUCAAGUGUUCCUUUAAACUUCCAUAGACACUCACAAAUUACAUUUUUUAUUUUCUCUCAAUCUUGCUCUCUUUCAGUCACUGAUUUCUAGACAUUGCUAUUUAGGGAUGUAAAUAGUUGGGAGUGAAGAAAUAAUGAAGAAAUGGGUAUGGGUUGUUCCCAUUGGGUCCUUUCUUAUGCUGUUAAUUUUGAGAGAAAUUCUGAUGAGAAACCUUCCUAGGGAGAGUAGUUCGUUGCAGAGUCCCGUAAUUCCUGUUAAUUUGUCUAAUCCUCUUCAAUGGGUUGAUGCUGGAGCUCCACCUUCGUUUCGUAGCCCGGAAUCUGCUAGUCGAGUAAUUUCUUCUGAAGGGAUGUUGUCUAGUCUUUUUGUAGAUAGGAACUUUUCUAAUCAAGUGCAGAGUUCGUUACUAACCUGGAAUUUUAUGAGAUACUUUCUCAACUAUUCUCGCCCUUUACCUAAUGGAAUGAGUGCAAUUAAGGAAGCUCAACUGGCAUGGGAAACUCUUAUGGAUAACGGGGAGCAAGAUGGCGGUAACGAGAGUUUGCAUAAGGAUGUGAAAGAGAAGCAAUGUCCUUAUUUUGUCAAUAUAAUGAAUGCAACAGAAUUUGGGGAUAAUGGUUAUAAGCUAAGGAUACCUUGUGGCCUUAUUCAAGGCUCUACAAUAACCAUAAUUGGCACUCCCGGUGGUCUGCUUGGUGAUUUUCGGAUUGAUUUAUCAGGGGAUCAAUUACCAGGAGAGCAAGAGCCUCCUAUUUUAUUACACUAUAAUGUUAGAAUUCUAGGCGAUAAGAUUACUAAAGAUCCGGUGAUUGUUCAGAAUACAUGGACAGCUGCUCAUGAUUGGGGUACAGAAGUGCGGUGCCCUCCUAGUGAUGACAAGAAAGUUGAUGAGUUGAGCCAGUGCGACAAAAUGGUGGGCAAAGAUGAUGGCCAGAAUUUUGCUGCAGGUAGAUCAUCAGAUAAUUCUUCAUCAAUGUCCAGGAGCGCAACUGGAGCUAGACAGCAUUUUCCUUUUAAGAAAGGAUAUUUAUCUGUUAUGACUCUUAGGAUGGGAGAAGAAGGGAUUCAGAUGACAGUUGAUGGAAAACACAUAACUUCUUUUGCUUGCCGCGAAAAUUUGGAGCCAUGGCUUGUUAGUGAAGUAAGGAUAUCUGGAGACUUGAAAUUAGUUUCUGUCUUGGCCAGUGGCUUGCCAUCAUCUGAGGAAUCAGAGCAUAUUGUUGAUUUAGAGUCGCUAAAAUCAGCUCAAUUUUUACCACACCAUCCAUUGGAUCUCUUCAUAGGUGUCUUUUCUACAGCCAACAAUUUCGAGCGCAGGAUGGCUGUUCGUAGAACAUGGAUGCAGUAUCCUGCUGUGAAGACUGGAGAAGUUGCAGUGCGCUUUUUCGUUGGACUGCACAAAAACCAGAUGGUAAAUGAGCAACUCUGGGAUGAACUGAAGACAUAUGGAGACAUUCAGCUGAUGCCUUUCGUUGACUAUUACAGUCUGAUAACCUGGAAAACUGUAGCAAUCUGUACUUUUGGGUCAGAAGUUAUCUCGGCCAAGAAUGUUAUGAAAACAGAUGAUGAUGCAUUUGUUCGAGUGGAUGAAGUGAUUGCUUCACUGAAAAGAACGAAUGUGAGUCAUGGACUUCUAUAUGGUCUGAUCAACUACAAUGCCCAACCUCAUCGGGAUCUUUCCAGUAAAUGGUAUAUCAGCCCUGAGGAAUGGCCUGAGAGUUCCUAUCCACCUUGGGCACAUGGCCCUGGCUAUGUGGUAUCAUAUGACAUAGCAAAAGCUGUUUACAAGAAGCACAAAAAGGGUCAAUUAAAGAUGUUUAAACUGGAGGAUGUAGCAAUGGGAAUGUGGAUAGCAGAGAUGCAGAAAGAGGGUUUGCAAGUUAGUUAUGUAAACGACAAUCGAGUUUGUAUCGAAGGGUGCAAGAAUGGGUAUGUUGUUGCUCACUACCAAAGCCCCAGAGAGAUGCUCUGCCUAUGGAAGAAUCUACAAGAUGGUAGUAAACCUGGUUGCUGUUCAGGUAAAUGAGCAGGUCUCCUUGGCUUAGGUGCAGUUUUGCAGGCAAAUAGGUAGAUUGGAUCAUGAAGUAGUACAUAAGCAUACAUAAUGAGUGAGCCUUAGUAUAUGAAAUUCAUACAUAGUGUAUACCAUAUGUGCGCGGAAACUUUAUUGAGUCCCAUGUUUCGGUUUCGGUGUCUUGUUUCCGUUUUCGGAAAUACUUUUGACACUCCCAAACUUUAGAUUAUAACCUAUUUUUGUAAAUA